AAUGAAUGCAAUGAUAGUAAUCACGAGGUUUUGUUGAUACCGGAAAAUUAACUCCGCCCACCCUAGCACCAUAACAAACCGGCGCAAUAUACCGGCAUAUGUUUACAUCGACCAGCUGAUUUUUGUGACACUAAUGCAGGACAAUUACUGAAUAUUUUGAUGUGAAACUUUGUGAAUAUUACAAUUAGGUUUUCUGGAUGUGAUAUACUCAUGAUGUUUGGGAAUCGGAGACUUGCAAAGCGCUCGAUUAUAGGGACAAAAAUAUGUGCCAUUUGGCAAGAUGGCCGAUAUUACCCUGGUACCAUUCAGAAUCACCCGGCCGAAGGGGAUUUAUUUAGGGAGCAAAAAUACACAGUUCGAUUUGAUGACGGUUACCAGAGGGAUGUUAAUGUGAGCGAUAUCAUGGGACCUGGAUUUAACAAUGUAUCGUCUUUAACACUGAAGCACGGACAGAAAGUCUAUCUCACGUUAAACGGUCGAGAAGUACAGGGCUCUGUUGCCGAACAUAACCGCUCACAGGACGAGGUCAUUGUAAUUGUUCCCACAGUGAGCGGUGACGGAAUUGAGCUAAUCCGGAAAAUAGAUGAUCUACGGCUGAUGGAAAGUAGGAAAUCGGCGAGACUCGUUGACCAGGCGACUGAUUAUUCUAAACUUGCCGAUUUAAAUGUACAAGGAGAUAAAAAGAGGGCCGUAUCUCACGUCAUUGAUGUGCCGUCAAAAUCACAGCGGUAUCGUCGACCAAGUAGCGACGAUGAAGACAGAGACGGUACACAGACAGAGGAAAAUGACGUAGAGAUGAUGGAUGAGACGAUAGCGGCGAUGGUUCUAACGAGUCUGUCCUGUAGUCCGCAGUCUCCCAAGUUCCAGUCGUCACAGCUAACAGAUCUGACCAAUAAGAGCCCCGCCCCCUUGUCCAGUAGCGUGGCGAGCAGUGGUUUCCAUUCGGAAAGGAGUGACCCCUCCCCGCCCCUCUCCGGCAAUCUCAGUGAGAGCGCCCCGGCAGCGUCCGGGAGCUGGUUCUUCGGAUCCUACCCAAAAGAUGAAGGUCUUGUGCUCGAGGAAAAUGACGACGAAGAUGACGAUGUGGAAAAUCUGGAACCAAAACGAAAGAGGAUCGAAAGUCACGGAUAUGAGGGUCACAAGAAAACGGUGUUCAAAUGUACGUGGAAGAAAUGCAACAAAAUUCACAACACAGUGUCCAGUAUCGAGGCCCACGUACGCACGGCACAUCUUGGACUUUCAGAAAGCGACAGCAACUUUCUUGAUCACGAGGAAGAAUUUUACUACACCGAGAUCGAGGUCACGAUGGAUCACGUGACUGAGAAAUUCUCUGAUAUGUGUACGUCAUCACCGCCGGAACCAACCGGAUUUGAUUUCGGCAGACCUAUUCCAGAUCACGACUACCAGAAAAAGGAACACAGACAAAAUGUUGGCAACAUGUUCGCCUCGUCAGUGCCUUCUGGAGGAUUCCAACCGCUGACGUCAUCCGGAUCUCUUCCCAUAACAAUGCCACAGAUCAAAAGAUCGUUGUCAUGGCAAAAUAACAAUACCUCAUCCUCGCCUGGAUUGUCGAUGUCACCUUCUGUCCGUUCGUCCAAACCAUCUCCACAGGAACGGCUGCAACAGCAUCAGGCUCAGUCUCCGAAAUCUCACCUUUUCUCCUCUCAUAAGAAGCCUCGAAGUGAAGUCCGGAAGUGCCGAAAGGUUUAUGGGAUGGAAAACAGGGACAUGUGGUGCACUCAGUGUAAAUGGAAGAAAGCCUGCUCCCGAUUUUCGGACUGAAGUGCUACUUCCAUUCCAGGAACAAAAUCGACCAAUCAGAAACGUUUUGAUAUCUUUCAAAUGGAAGGUCCGAUUUGAUUGUCUCCCCACAGAGGACACAAACGACAAGGAAUCAGUGAUUAGACUGAAUUCAUUCCACAUUCUAAGGUUGACCAACCAAAUAAACGUUUUAAUAAAAAAAAUGUUAUGAUAUAUUUAGAUAUGUCUUUCAUAAGAAAGCUCAAAUUUGAUUGGUCAGUCAUAAAUACCUUGUUUUUCUGGUCAUUGGUUAAUUUUGCACAUAAUUUGUGAAAAACCUAGCGCACAAUUAAUUGACUACCAUUUCAGGGAAUAAAAAUAACCAUAGCUAUGCACUGGUUAUAGUACGAAACCAUCUGUAUAUUCUCCAUCUCCAUUUCACAGAGUUCACACUACCCGGAUGUACCAAGAACAUCCGGGUAACCGGUCAAAACCCCGGAUGUCUAUUUUUUAUGAUAAUCACACAUUUAUGUCCAUCAAAAAAGUCAUGCUUUGCAAAAAUGGUUAUACAACAUCAAGGGUGACAUUUUGUAUAGUUUAUGUUGCAUGUUACAACCACAUCUAUUUACUUGAAUUUAAUUUAAUACAAGGUUAAAUUUUGAGAAUCCGUUGUCAAUGUUUUGUCAAGUAUUCCAGAUAUGUCGAGAAAUAACGUGCAUGUGUUUCAACUGAAUAAUUCAAUUUUCAAUAUAAAUUAAAAUUUGUUUAAGAAUUCAAAGUUAAAAGAAAAAAGAAGAACAACCUUUAUCUCAAGCCUAUAUCGAUGCCACCGUGUGCAUCAACGUAGGUUUAAUUUCAUAUCAAAAAGAUAGGCGUUUAAUUAAUUUCACAGAAAAAUACUUUCUGACAAGCUUACGUGAUCAUUAAGUCUGGAUGAAACCGAUUUUGUGAACGUCUGUUUAGAAGCUAUGACCAGGGACAAGACAAUGAAUUACAUUUUAUCCAUUCCUGGCAAUGUGGAAUUUGUACAGAUGAAAAAGAUUUAAGAAUCUAUGAAAAAAGGGUACAAUUUUCUACUGAUGUCAUUAUGUUAAGAAGUGGAUUUUUGUUAAAAUUGCAAAAUAACCAAUAAUUUGUGAAAAAACAAAAUACUCACAGUAAUGAUCUCUGUUAUGUGAAUCACCAAAUAUUCUUGUUAUUGUGUCAAUAUUCAAAUACUGAUUUACUUUUUAUCAAAGCUAUUGAAUUGUCAUAAUUUCUUAAAAAUAAAUGCACACUUUAUCAUGCUAGUUGUAUGCAAUGUGAUAUUGAGGGGAAACAACAUUAGUUUGCCUAUUACCCCUCUUUUAGGAAGUAGUCUCGCCCAUACUGUAUAGACUCUUGAAUAGCAGACUAGUCUAUUCUUGAUUAUGAAGGGAGAGCAACUAUCUCUUUGUCUUUCAUACAUGUUGUUGAAUGCUAUUGUUGCCACUCUGGUAUUGUGAUCAUGUUUUAAAAUACUUUUUGAGUAUGAAAGUUGAUGUGUAUCGUUAUAUAUAUAAAUAUAGUAUAUUCAAAAUGAAUUGCAUUCAUAUGUUGUAGAUAAUGUUUUGCCCCACAUCCCUGUCAGAAAUACGGUUUUGUGAUUCUUGAACUCUUUUUAAUUAGGAGGUACAUGCUCAUGGCCAUGUAGCAUACGUUCUUAACUUUUUAUGUUCAUGGAAGUCACUAUCCAUUAUCAAGUGCAAUCAUUCUGUUUUGUUGUUUAUAAUUAAAUUUGUUAAGUUUAUAUAUUUGAAAUUAACCAGAAAGGGAAAAAAAGAUGGAAAUGUAAUUUAACUGUAUCAAUCCAGUAUGAAUGUUAAAUAUCAGCUUUGCCCUAGUAUAUUUGCCAGUUUUGCAUUCAUCACUAUGAAUCACAAAAAGGUUUUAUCUGAAUCACAGAAAUGUUUGAAUUAGAGACACUCGAAGUUAUUGCUCUGCUGAUGAUGUAAUUUAGACAACUUUUGAUCAUUGAUGUAACUUAGAAAUUUUUUCAUCAUACAUAAUGCAAUAAUUUAGUUAAACAAUUUUUUGUGAUAAAAAUUUCAUGAGGAAAGCAAUCAUUUAAUCACUUUUUUUUCACGUUUUCUGACAUCAUUUUAUAGAUAAAAUGUGACGUAUCUUUAAAUAUUAGACUUAUACAUGAAUCACAUUUUUUCUUUCGAUCUGAUUAAAGUUGUUUACCUUUUUUACUCUUAUUGAGUUGCCAUUAUACUUGAAUUCAAAGAAAACUCAAAAUUAUAGAUAUUGAUUGCUUAUUUAAUUUCAAAAUUUUAAUAAAAAAAUCACUGUAUACAAAUUUCGUUCCCUGAUGCUGGGCAUUGAUGUGUUUCAGCUGCUGUAUUUAAACGUUUAGAUAUAUUUUCACCCAGGCCCAUUUCUUGUUCACUUGUUCUUAUUAUUCUGGUGGAGGGUUUGGGAUAAGUUGUUUAGUUAUCCGGAUAUAUUGACCUAUACUGUUUUAAAAAUUAUAUAUUUUUAUGUCUUUUAUUAGUAUAAGAUUGUACCAGUCGGGAACCGUCGGCACUUUCCGUAAACGUAUUUUCUGGUGUACGGAAAGUGCCGACGGUUCAGGAUUGAGAUUGUAGAACCUAUUUAGUGCUUUAUCGUUGUAUUGAUAUUCAUAUCUUUAUGUACACAGGGGCCUGACACGCUGAUGUGGAUUAAAAGUCGUAUGAAUAAUUGUUUAUCGGUGCGUUGAGCCCUUUGUUUGUAUUUGCGAAACUAUAAUUUUCAAUGUUUGAAUUAAUUUUACCUAAGAUACCCCUGGGUACCUUUUUUUGAAUUAUAGAGUUCAUGUAGCCAUCAUAAAGCCACAAUGUAUUUGAAUAUUCAUGAUUAUUUUUCUAUGUAAUGAUAACAAGAAAAUACAUGUUACCGAACGUUUUUGUUGUGCGGAAGAUUACCAAGGAUCUUAAAAGAGUUGCCUCCCUUCGCGUAUUCGACUACCAAUCGCACCACUUUUGGUAAUUAAGUGAUUCGACUACAUUUCUAUUACAUAAUCGUAUUUUGCCGUCUUUAUAUGGCGCCCAAAUUCCUAUUCUGUUUUUUCCAAUGUCUUGGUAAUUUUGUUUGAAUUUAUAAUCAAAAUCUUUGAGAGCGAAUGAAUAAUAAUUAUAAUUUGUAAAAACCCUGAUUGUCAGCGAUGUUUUGCGUUUGUUUGGUAUUAACAUGUGUAUAUACUUUUGCAGUAUACAUGAUGAGUGUAUGACUUUCAAAUUAAACCAGAAUGAUUUAUAGAGUUAUCUAUUGACACGUGAACUGUGUCACCUGAGUAAUAAUAUGAAAUAGUUCCCGGUGUUUUUGAUGAUCUCAGCAAAAUAAUACAGAGAUAGAAUGCAUAUUUUAAUUUGUAUUUGAAACAAUGGAGUUUCAUUGGUCAACCAAAAAGUCAUAACGAACUGCAUUGACCAAUCAAGGGGAAAUGCUUAAGUAAAACAUGGAUAUAUAUUACCCACAAAUACAAAAUCGUUGCUAGAUUAACACCAACUCACUGCUAUUUUCACCGAAACAUCUAACAAACUUAAACCCAGAUACAAUACCAGGUGUGGUGCUUUGAAACCAUACUCCAUCUUAGAUAUGAUUUCUACUGUUAAAAUGUACUCAAGUAGCGCUAUAAUCAAUGAAUAAAACUAUCAAAAUCGCACUCGGUGAUCGCAUUGUGAUCACAAGGCUGAGCGAACUCUGCAACUAAUCCCGAUAACAAACUGUGUGAUUGUAAAAGGUAUACAAAUAUUUUGUCGAAAACUUAAGAUAGCGAUUAGUAUUUGAAUAAUACGUUACCGGAAUUUAUCCACAAAAUGUCCUGGACGCCUUUCACAGAAAGGUUUCUUCCUCUUAAAAUUAUUUGAGAAAAAAACUGUCAGUUGAUCUAUACAAUUCAGAUAUGUCAAGUUUUUGUUUUUGAUUUUAUAACGAUCCAAAUAACUAUUAUAUAGAGAUUUGAAUUUUUUUGACUAAAAUGAAAGUUUUCGAUGAUUAUUAAAUUUAUUUAAUCAAUCUGGAUGUCAUACACAUCCUCUGCGUCCCCUAUUUUAAGAUGACAUAAUUAUGUGUAAGAUAGAUAUUUAUAUUCAUGUUCUUGUAUGGUAUGACUAUUUUGAUAGAUUGUGUUUUUGUUAAUGUCACGUGAUGUAUGGGAUACAUCGGGCCAGUUAAGAUUUCGUAUGCGCAUGCGUAGAUUUAUAUAGUUUUAUCCUAAAUUGAUUGAGGACUCUAGAUUUUUUUUAAUUUUUGUUUUUAGGUUUGUUUCAUAGAUGAUAUACUUUUCCGGCAUUUUCCGGCAUUUUCCGGUCAAGGAAAAGCACCCCAGAUUUCGUAUUAUUUAAAACGAUGGAAAUGGAAUGGAAAACACUUUCUAUUUUCGAACAAAUAAAGAUAGAAUGAAUAGUUUUUCGUGUUUUCAAGGGAAAUCUUCAGCUUAAAAAAAUACCCACAAUAAAAAGAAUAAUCUAGCAUAUGCAUAGCAAAGGGAUUCGGUCAGUAAAUAUAUAUCUGAAUUAUUAUUUUCAUAUAUUAGUAUCUUCGGUAUAUGAGUUCCGGACAGGCAUCAAAGUGAGGUUGUUGUUUUAAAAAAUUACAACAGCUUUACCGAAAAUCCUAGAUGAUUUUUAUUUUUUUAAUUUUGUUCAUGAGAUUAACAGUUUCGUUUAUAUUCGGUUGUGAGUCGACAAAGAGUUCAAAUACACAAUUUCUCGCGAAUACUAACCCCGGGAAUCGUCGGCACUUUCCGUAAACAAGAAAAUAUGUUCUGGUUUAUGUGUGUGUGUUGGUAUUCCUAGGUGUGUAUGUGUGUGAUUUGUUGCUCUUUUAUAGAAUUGAAAUUCCCAAUUAUAGGUUGUUUUAAGGACAAUCGGGAAAAUUCAGUAUAUGAGUGAAUGACUGUUUAUGAUUUGUUAUAAUUUAUGUUUUUGAUUACACAAUAUGAGUUUCAACAGUUUCAUUUUGAAAUGAUACAGUAUUAUUGUGAAUUUUAAUCAGUCAGUCUGGAAUCACAUUCAUUUAUAUAAGACAAAUCCCUCCAACCUUUUUGAGUCAUGCUGUGGGUAACGAGUCCUGAAACUGGGACACUUAUUCGUUGUUUGAGUCAUACUUUCAUUAAAAAAAAAGAACAAGCGAAAUUACCUGACGAUUAAUAUUUGAAUUUAUACCUCAUCGAUUGAUUAUGAGCAUUGGCUAUUAAUAGAAACCAACGACUGCUAGUGCUAUGUCCAAACAGCAAAUUUCAUACCAAAUAUAUGAACCCACACAACUCGGAUAACUCGAACUUUUUCCACGACCCCGUCGACCUCGAGAUAACGACGUUCGACUGUAUUUUUACUAUUUAUACAGCAGACCCAGUUGAACAAUAUACGUAUAAGUCAAUUCAAAAAUUUAAAUAACGAAUAAUAUGUAUUAACGAAUCGAUGAAUGUCAUUAAUCUUAGUUAAUUAAAAAUGUCAUUCAUUAAUUAAAUCCGAAACUUUGACUAAGUUUUUUUUAACCUUCUGCUAGGCAUGAUUAGUAUUCAAAGCCUAGGUUAGUAUAGAGGUACCAAGGCCGCUUAUCUAGCCUAAAAAGACGAAAGUCAAAGAAAAUGACUGAAUUCUGUUAUUAUGGGAAAAUCCACUAUGACCGUAAACCUGAGUGUUUUGUGUUUUCUUCUUCAAAAUUACGAAGUACUUUUUUUCA